AUGAGCGUUCCGGCCUCGGCCUUCCGUCCUCUGGACCUGCCGCCCUUGGCCUCCGGCGCCCUGCCCGGGGUCUCCCGCAGCAGCUCUGAUCGCGUCUGGGCCCAGCAGCCGCCCAGCUCCGCGUGGAGGGCCCCUCCUCCCCAACACCGGGCCCUUAUCAGGAAAGCAAUUGAGGUUGCAGGGGAGGGGGAAGUCCAAGGCCUCAGGCUCGGCAAGGUGGGUGGAAGAGAUAGGGAAGUGGGGAGGGGGCGUGGACCCUGCUGGGGGGGCCUGAGGAUGGAAGGCGUGCCCAGAGCCGGCCCGGCAGGGGGCUUUCACCAAGUGCUGUCCUCGAGGGCCUGGCUCUCGACAUGGCUCCAGUGCUGCUCCCGCCUCCCAUACUUGCCAGGCGAGACGCCUGCAUCUUUAAUUAGCAAGCAGCAGCCUCCCGAUUCAUCACAGUCACUGUUUAAUUAG